UCAGGGGCUUGUGAGCGGUGACCCACCGCGACAUCAAAAAGCGUGCCGUUUCCCUCUUUCUGACCACAUUUCCAAGUUUGGAUCUGGUUAGCCCCCAGUGAACGGAAGGAGCUCACAGAUGCUCGGCGUCUGUGUCAGAGCUGAAAAGGUCCUGGUGGCCGGACUCCCGUCCCCGGGUCGGGGCUGCCUGGCCACUGCAGCAGUGGAACCCAUCCUCUUGUUAAUUUCUUAAAAAUGCCCGGUUCAGUUAAGUAGAACAGCUGAAACUACCUAAUCUUGUAAAACGAAGAGCAAGAUGAGGUUUGUAGAUGGACUUUUUCCCAGGGAAAAUGGAGGCCUGUGGAGCCGGGACGGGCUUUCCAGCCGCCAGGAGCCCGUUCCCCCACGGCCGCUGCUCCACCACCGCUGAGACGCAGGGGCUGCGGUGCGGGGCUCCGAGGUCCCCGGACUGGAGGAGCGGGGGUCCUGGCUCUGCGGCUGUGCGGGGACGGGGACGGCGGCCUCAUGUGACACGAAGAAGCCCUAGGGCUUGGCGCGAGGUGAACGAGGUGGAGGAUGGGCGCAUGAGGGUCCCGGGGCCGUGGCCCGGUGCAGCGUGUGGACCCCGGCCCAGCCUGUACGACGUCAGCAGCAUGAGUCUCCCGAGCGGCGGGCCGGCGGGCAGCAUCUUUGACCUGGACUGCACCUCCGGGCAGGUCCGCUGGGCGCUGGUGGCUGCCGGCUGCGCCUUCUACCUGGGCGUCUUCGUGGCCUGCCACCAGCUGUCUUCCUCUCUGAGCGCCACCUACCGCUCCCUCGGGGCCCGAGAGCAGGUCUUCUGGAACCUGGCGGCCACGCGAGCAGUCUUUGGCAUCCAGGGCACCGCGGUGGGGCUACGGGCGCUGCUCCUGGACCCCGUGCUCCAGGCCGACAAAGUGCUCGGCCAGCAGAACUGGUGCUGGUUCCACAUCGCCACGGCAACCGGAUUCUUCCUCUUCGAGAACCUCGCGCUCCACACGUCCAAUGCGCUGUUCCACACGUUCGAUGGGUUCCUGGCCGUCCACCACCUCUUCGCCUUCCUCGGGUUUCUCGGCUCCGUGGUCAACCUCCGAGCGGGCCACUACCUGCCCAUGGUCACGCUGCUGCUGGAGAUGAGCACGCCCUUCACCUGCAUCUCCUGGAUGCUCCUAAAGGCCGGCUGUGCGGACUCGCUGCUCUGGAGGCUGAACCAGUGGCUGAUGGUCCACCUGUUCCACUGCCGCAUGGUCCUCACCUACCACAUGUGGUGGGUGUGCCUGGGCCACUGGGACAGCCUGGCCCGCAGCCUCUUCCCGCCGCACUGGGCGCUCUUCCUGGUCGGGCUGGGCCUCCUCACGGUCCUCAUCAACCCCUACUGGACCCGCAAGAAGACGCAGCAGCUGCUCAACCCCGUGGACUGGAACUUCGCGCCCGGCCGCCCCAACGGGCCGGCGCCGCCCAAGAAGACGAGGUAGCGGCCUCGGCCCCGACUGUCCCCACGGCGCCGACCCCAGGCCGCGUGAGUACUGACUUCCUCGUGGCGCCGAGUACCUGCACCUGAGCGCGCCUCGGGGACAGAGGCCCGCCGUGGGGACGUCACGGCCCGAUGUGCUCAUUCCCGCGAGCUUGGCCUGUCUGCGCCGUCGCCCCAAGGAGGGCCCGCGUGGACGGGUCGCACUAAAGUGUGUGUGCGUCUUACUCAACAGCCCCGUUAUUUUUAGUUGGAGAGAACUGUCCCAAGAGAACAUAAUCCGGUCCCUUACCCUGUUGACAUUCCCAGGGCUGAGAUGUAAGCCGCGUCUCCGCAGCGCCAUCUCGUGGCGAGUGCGGGGCAUCGGCCUGGCUUGCGGCUGGGGGCGGCGGAGGGGUCUUCUCACCAGGGAAGCUCAUCCGCGAAGAGUUUUGUUUCCGUUUUGUGUUUCUCUGUUGACACAUUAAGGGAGGUGUUAGUAAUCAGAUUUGUCUAGAUUUUAGAGCUGUUUUUAACUAAGUUUCAAACAGGUGCCCCGCCAGACCCUAACCCUCUGGUUGGUGUCUCUCUGUAGGUUUUGCCAGACCCUAACCCCCUGGUUGGCGUGUCUCUGUAGGUUUCAAGUCGGGGCAGUGGUCACUCUCCCUGCGAGCUGUGGGUGGACCUGGCCACUUGGAGUGCCUGGCUGCAGGGCCCCCUCCUCACCUCCUGGUGACAAGUCCGGGCACCACCUUCACAAUGUGGGGCCCGGGUGGAAUCUACACUCCGACCCACAAUUUUAUUGACGAAUAUGUACUGACAUCUUAUUCUUGCCAUGAGUGGGCAAUUAAAAUGAAAAGCUCGUAUUUACUGAAAGUGCCCUUGAACUGUUUUUGAAAAACACAUUUACUGGUCGUGAGAAUCAUGUGUUUCUUGUGCUUGGUCUGUAACACGGCCCCUUGGAAGGGUGUGUGCUGAUUUCUGGUACUGUGAAUUGACUGUACAUAGGUCAGGAGAUGCGAUACCUGCUUGUAUCAUUUUGAGAAGUGUUUCAAUCCUAGAAACAUCCAGCAAACUGUGUCCCUGCUGAGACUCCUCUCUCCCUCGCUGAAGACCCUGGGCACCCGCCGCCCGCUCUCCCGUCCACAAGGUGGGGUGGGGAGCCAAGCUGGCUGUGUUUCCAGCUGGUCAGAACUUUAAUAAAGUAACCGAUGUUUACA